AUGAUGUAUUUGAUGGCUUUUUGUUUGGCACAUUUACCAGUUCCAAAUGCUUUGAUAACGUAUAAUUUGUUAUCACCGAUACCUGAUCUUUUUCAUGGUACCGGUUCGAUGGCUGCAUUAUCGUGUAAUCUGGGAUUUGUCAUAAAUGGUUCACCAACCACAAAAUGCACCUCAAAAGGCAUUUGGGAACCAAAAUUGGGAUCAUGCAUUGUAAUCUCUGGUGCACUAUCGAAUACUUCCAUUCGAAAUUUAAAUUUAGCCUGUGAUCCAAUAAGUCAUACAAUGGGCACUGUAACAUAUAUUCCGGAUUCAAAAUUACAAAAAUUUCAAGAAGGUGCUAUGGCACUGCUAACAUGUCCAUUGGGACAAAAAAUAAGUGGUGGUGCAUCACAUGCAAUCUGUCAGGGUGGUAAAUGGUCAACUAAUUUGGGUAGCUGUGAGAAAUUCAAAUUGACGAUGUUUUUUUAA